AUGCAGAAUAAGAAGAUGAACGUCGAAGUGUGCACAGAGCGUGUGCACAAGACAAGGCGAUGUUGGAAGAGCGUUACCGCAUCUCAGACAAGCAACCCAUAUACUUACAAAUCCUCAAAGUACAAAGUUGUGGAUACUCUCAUUAAGGGAGACAGGCAACCGGGUGGGAGUGAAGGACACUUGUCCAACAUGGACCACGCCAAGCUUCAUACUAUGACUGAGACACACAUAAGAACAGUGGCUGUGACACAAGCAGAGCGUAUAUUGAGGGAUCAGGUGCGAACAGCAAACAAGCGCAAUAACGCACAGACGAACACGCAGGUUGAGGAUAACUCUACGAAUGCUAACAAAUGGCACAAGCCAGACAAUGGUACAUACAACCAUAACAAGCAAGGAGGGCAUACACAGAAGAAGAAGGGGGCACGUGAAGAGUGUGCAUGCCCCUACUGCUUGGCAAUGCCAUCCCCACAUCGAUUCAGUGAAUGUCCCAACAAGAAAGCAAAUCAAGCCAAGAAGGCUGAGGAGCAAGCCAAGAAAGAUGUGAAGAUAGCAAGACUGUCCAUUACGUCUGGCAAUGUGGAAGACAUCACCGAAGGUGAUGAGCACUGA